AUGGAGGCGUGCGUUCGUGGAUUCUGUUUUAUGCCUGAAAAGCAAGAAUCAUAUGAGCUUAAGUUGGUCGAUAGCGAGGCGUUAGACCAAACAUGGAAAGUGAACCGACGUGAGCGCCUGAAGCAGCAGGAACAAAAGAUUUGGGAGGAGUUUGUGCAGGAGCAGGAUGUCGUAACUAACAUUUGCAAGGAUGAUCCGUAUCAAUUUAUUGAACAACUGUCCGAAGAGAAAAUAAAAGAACUUCUAGACAUUGAAUUGGAAAAGAUGAAGAAGGAAAGGUUGGAGGAAGAAAUACAGGCGAGAGAGGUAUCGCCAAAGAAAGAUGAACAAGGCGCUCCGCAACAGAAUGAUAACCAUCAUGUGGUAUUUAUUAAUGAGUCAGAUAGAGAAAACGAAUCGUUUCACAUAUUUGAUGAUGAGAAAGAUGUGUCAGGUGUAUCAGGUCCGGAGGACGAACUGCUAAACGACUCAAUGAGUCCACCGUGCACCGUGCGGGAACGUCUCUCCCCUAGCCCGGGCUCCCGAUAUCCCAGCCCUGAUAAAGACUCCAGCACGAAGUCAUCUGAAAACGUGACUAGUAUGAUCGAGAGCAGCAUCUACUGCGCAAAAGUCAAGGAGCUGCGCACAAAACUGGCUGCCCAAUUGGACGAGAUGACUUUAGUCCUUGAGAGACAGAACAUAUUGAACAUUGACCCGGCGGAUUUACCGAAAAUGAUGAGACGCUCCGUUGAAUUCACGUCGCGGUUUAACAGAAUUAACAUAUACCAGCUACAGAGACAGUUGCAAGAUAUAAAAAGAAACGAUUCACAAGCGAUGCCGUUCGCAAAGCACACGCAAUUUCAAACUCAGCUGGUGAGAAUUGUGUCGCUACAUCAGAACGCACUGCAUUCACUUCAGGUGUUCAUGAAGUCUUUUCCGCAAACGCUUUGUAUCCGUGAGAGCGGUGUGGCGCUAAGGUCCCUAGCGUGUAUGAUGCAUGAGGUCACGAACGUGUGUUCUGCCCUCACUGCCCCGCCCGCGCUGGUCGCCGCAAAUCGCCUUUAUAAUGAUGGUUUGCUGAGUGCCAAUGAUAAAUUGUUGAAUGCUGUCGAAGAUUACACAAUUAGGAUGACUGAAUAUUUAAAUAGCACUGAUAAUACCAGCAUGUCAUAUUCUCGCCGUUCCAAGAAGUCAAGGCGAGGAAGAAAAUCGAUUGGAUCGUGUUCCAAGUCUGGCAAAUCAUUUGGAGAUACGGAGGGGCAACUAUCAAUGUACUCGUUGGACACCCUGCGACACCCUUCUACCGUUAAAGCGUCCAGCUCGAAGCUCAACUCGGGUGGUACAUCAAAGAAGCGUGGAAGUCUGAGCGCACGCAGUAAAGGAUCCAUCGAAAAGACUGUCCACGUGCCGCGACGAAAACGGAGUCCUAGAUCGCGACGCCCGCUAAUGCGUGACCCUCAAGCCGGAGCACCCAAACCGAAGAGAAAAAUUGACAAAGAUCUGGAUGUUCCAACUCUCGUUGAAACAGUGGCACCAUGUGCCUCAAGUCACAUAAGUCGUGAGCCCAGUCCGACCUUAAAGGAUCUUACCAAAGGUAAAGAAUCUCCAAGGUCACCGAAAAAAGUGGCCAAAAGGCUAAAGAAAGAAAAAACUCCUAGAAGAAGCUCGAAGUCACCUAAAAGAAGCAUUACAAAAUCAACCGGGAAACAAUCUGUUAUUUUAGAUAAACAAUUAGACUGUAAAGAAACACAUGAGACAACUAAGGUGCCGAUGUUGAUACAAUUGCAAGAAACUGAGACUCCAAAAAAAGAAGUAGAGACACCGAAAAAGGAAACAGAGAUGAUUAAAAAAGAUACAGCCACACUUACAAAAGUUAAUGAAUCUCAGAGGAGGGGCACGAUAACGCCUAAAAAGGAAACUCCUCGAAAAAUUUCUACGCCUCGUAGUGAUCUAACUGUAACUAAGAAACAAGUCACACCUAGAAAAGAAAUCAAUCGGCGGAAUACACCUCGAUUAGAAAAUGUGACCAAGGAAGAACCUAUACCACCCGAGAAACUUAGAACAUCUCGCACACCCAGAACUAUGAACAUGGGUGGAGGAGAGAAAGAGUUGGAAGAAGAGAUAAAAGAUACAUCAAAAAAAGAUGAGAUUAGAGACACACCGAGGAAAGAAGGGAGUAAAGGUACACCGAGAAAAGGAGAAACUAGAGAUACACCGAGGAAAGAAGAUGGAAGUGACAGAGACAUAAGGGUAAGUUAUUUUCAAAUUAUUGUAUUGCAGGCUAAGUUGUAUCUGUAA